GGUGCCUCUCGAAAUCCUAAUAUUGGGAAUUUCCGGAGGAGAGGUCUAGUAAUCUGAGUAGACUGAGAUGAUGGGUCUCGUGCCACAAGUAUACACAUAGAACAACACACAGGGAGGAAGGUUGACCUCUGGAGGUUUUCUGUCAACACUUGCUGUUUGACUAAAGUGCCAUAACAUACAAUUGUAGAAGCUCCAAUCAAUCUUGUUGUUUUCGUCUGUCCAGUCAUCAAGUUUUCCAGCUAAAGUGCUUUCUCACUAACAAAAAUGUGUUUUCUUCAGAAACCACAAAGAGGGAUUGUUUGAGAUUGAAGCAGGAGUUUAUACUUUGCUGAACACUGAAACAUAAAGAUUCCACAUCAAACAUGGCUGCUACUCAGGUUGACAUGACGUGUGCAGUCUGCACAGAAGUUUACACAUCACCGAGGUUUCUGCCCUGUUAUCACACCUUCUGUCUUCACUGUCUUGAGCAGCUGGCAAAUAUACAUGGAGACAUCAUCCCGUGUCCUACCUGUAGAGCUCCUGCUACUGUACCGCCAGGUGGUGUGCGUGCUCUACAAGUCAACUUCUACUUCACGGAGGAAGCUCUGGAGCAGGCGCGUAGUGAGGGAAGUCAGUCUAUGUGUUCUGUACACACACAGAAACGUCUUGUAUUGUACUGUACACAGUGUCACCAAGCCAUAUGUACCAGGUGUAAACUGACCAAACACGAGGGACACGUUACAGAAGAUCUGUCAGAUGCAGUCGCUCGCUGUAAACAAACGAUUGAACAUGAACUGGGUCGUCUUGACACUUCAAUUGGUAUUCUAGAAAAGCAAAAAUUCUGUUUUGAAGAACACAAGACGCAUUUAGAAGAAAAAAAAAUUGCAUUAUUAAAUCAGAUUCAAGUCCGGCAUGACGCCAUUGUGGCUAUGGCAGGAAGAUAUCGUGACCAGGCGAUGAGAAAUCUUGAGGAAAUGUCAGAGAGUCUGAGGAAAGAGUUUACCGCCAUGACACAGUUAGUAACAGACGAGGCCAACUUCCUCUUAAAGCUUAAAGAACGAGCUCGACGGGCGGUGAGUUCCUCUUGUGACAUGGAGGUCCUGGAGGUGGAGAGAGAGAUGACACGGGGAGAAGGAAGCGCCGAGUGGUUGACAGAACUAAGGGCUGGACGGCCUACUGUGACUUACUUUCCUGGACUCCAUGGCGAUUUCACUAACGACAUUGAAAACUGCGUGAAGAUGUACAUAGGAUGGCCAGUGAAGCUGACAAAACAGAUUGAGAACAGUUGCAGAUUGAUUACCAAUGUUAGAUGCGGGGAUGGAGAAUGCUGCGAGGUGCACGCUUUGCGGCAGAAGGAGGAUAAACGUAUGGAGGUAUUUUAUGGGGGAACAGGAGGUGACUUCUCUAAGGAGAAGUCAGUUAUUUUCAGGCGUAACAUUCCAAGUGGUGUUGCUGAACCCGGAAAAAGAAUAUCACCCAUGACACGAAAAGAUCACAUAGUGGAAUGGGAAGGACAAGAGAAGAGAAUUCUCGCUUCAAAGGAUGCUGGCAUGUAUUGUAUAAAUCAGAACUGUACGACAGGUGAGUGUUUCAUAAGUUCAAUUAAGUUGGAACAAAGAGACGAGAAGGAGACAUGGUGUUUCGGUUCUCAUUUACUCAACCCAGAAGUAAACAAGAUACAUAACUUUGAUGCUGACAAACACGGGAUGUUGUUUGCUGUAGUAGACGAAGAUAAAGAUGAAACUUCAAAUGAAUCAAUUAUAAAAGAUGAAGAGAACACGUGCAAAGGAAGGUCCCGUCGUGUUGUACGUGUUUAUUCUAAUAAAUCUAACAAACCUGUAGCCACCUACACACCACCACUACAACCGUUUUUCCCAACAGACGUCUGCUUUUGGGGUGAAAAGUUGUUGAUUUCUGAUUGGAUGAACGACUGCGUACACGUUACACAUGUAGAUGACGAUGGGAUCACAUUUAUCAGCUACCUGCCAGUCAAUGGUAACAUUGUGCGGCCAACAGCUUUAAACGUUGAUGUUUACGGCCACCUGCUUAUUGGGUGUGGCGAUGGCUGGAUUUCCCGAUACAACUUUUUCUAUUUUUAUCAAUAGUCGUACAUCUAUCAAAAUAACAUAUGGAGCAAUAAAUAAUUUUCAAUAAAAUAAAUAACAGGGAGCAUCUCCUGAUAAAGUUGCCGCCCUAUCCUCCACUGGGGGCGAUUAUGAACAAGAAAAAAGAUCUCUUAAUAAAAAUUAACACAGCACUGAAGCCGUUCCCACUUUGCAUUUCCAAAACUUAUGCUGAUGAUGUAAAUAAUGCUUGCAAGAGUAUGGUGCUUGAGAGUCUUCUUUUUUCAGUUCUUUCUUUCUUUUUCUCAUACAAAUAAUGGUAAACAAUAUUUUUGCUAGGAAUUUCUUUAUUCUCCCACAAUAGCCAGCAUCAUUCGAGUGCGUGAAGCAUCCCAUGUAGUCGAAUCACUGAGACUAGUUUUAGACUUUUUUUUCCGUUUUAUAAAGGAAUAAAACAAUGUAACUAUCCCUUAAUGUUAACAUUCAUUAGGGUAUAAAUGUAAGUGUACAAGUUUUAGAAGAAUUGUGCUGUUAACUGUUUUUUUUUUUUGUUUGGUUUUUUUUUUUUUUUGUUUUUUUUUUUUUUUAAAUAUAUGAAAAGGAGAUUUAAGGUCGUUUCUAUGUCAAUUAAAAUUACAUUGGAAUAACAUCCUUCGUAUUUUUUUGUCAGCCAAACCGUUUUGUCAAAAUUGAAAUUUGUGCUGAUAUCUUUCAUUCUGUAUAUAUCGAACAACUUGCAGUGAAAUGUAUUUUGCUAAACAGAAAGACAAGGAAAGAAAUAAAGUGACAUGAUAGUUUGAAGCGGGCUCCGCUCAGAACUUUGGUCUCCAGAAGUUUUUUUUUACUUACAGUCCACCAAGUGUGGGUCACAUCGCGGAAAAUGUUUCCAUAGUCUUUUGCAAAGGAAUAUUUCAAGGAAUUUUCUACGGCAAUGAAUUAAUCAUGACUAGAAAUCCAACUAUGACUUUAUUUUGAAGACUUGUGUCGCUCAAAAUCGAAAUAGUUUGGUAAAGAAAUUUCGGAAAUAUCUCACAAAAUUACUGCCACAGAAAAUAAAGAUGGUGAUCUAUGGUAACAUAGAAGAAUGACUAACGAUUGGCAACAUAUGUCAAAGACUGAUGUAAAUAAAAAUUAGGUAACUUCACAUAGUAAUAGUGUGCGGGAGCUUAGUGCUCGAUGUGUUGUUCUGUAUAACUAGAAAGUCGGACCACACUUGAUCAUUUGUUUACUUAGUAUAACAAACUUCCUGUUAAAGAGAAGGAAACGUCUUUUUGUGCGUUUAUUGACUAUGAAAAUUUGAUAAAAUAAAGAUUUUUUCUUCUUAAAAAUUGUUUAACAUAGAUAUUAGAGGAUAUUUUUUCAAGCCACGAAGACUAUGCACACCGAGGCCAACACUUACUUCAGGGUAAUUAAAUACCUUUCAGGUUAUUUUACGGUAAGAGGAAAUCUAUGGCCAUUGGUCUGAUUUUCUUUUUAAACGAUUUAAAGUCCUUUUGGCUCAGAAACAUUGAUGGUCUGCAAUCUUUUUCAUGAAUAGCAACUGGUGUCAAAUGAUGAUGUAAAAAUUCUGUACCAGAUGUUCCUAUGUUUGUAAGCUGAUGAUAUGUUCUGAAUAUGAAAAAAUUACAAGAUGCUCUCAGUGUUGUGUCAUGACAUUGUGCCAGGUAGGAUUUGUAUGUUAGUGUGAAAACUAAAGUUAUUGUCUUUUCAAGAGGGAAAACAUGUACACUGCUUGUUUAAUAGGAAAGUGUCAAAGUAAUGAUUGACUUAUUAUUUGUAGGUGUUAAACUCAGUCCUAACCAUCAGUUAUCCCUGGCUUGAACAGCGUACAAUUGUUCAUGAUCAAACACAUAAGGCAAUAUUCUCACUUCUAUAUACAUAUCGAAAGCUUUUACUUCCUGCAGACGUACAGGUGGGAUUAUUUCAUAAGAAUAUUGCCCCUAUAUUAUCAUAUCGUUGUAAAAUGUUAACUUUGGUUCUUGUAAUCAUUAUAUAAUAUUAUAUUUGUGCUAUUAUGAGUAUUUUGCAUUUUUACCAAGAACAACAAAAAUCCUGGUAAACGGCACUUUAGGAGUUUAGUAGGUUUUCUUUAGAUGUUAUUGCACAAAUUACGACACUGCUGUCUGUAUAACUUAGUUAAUCUUUCAAAUGUACCCAGAUUUUCUAGUAUUGGUUAUCCAUUUAUUUACAACUUGUUUGUCAUUAUAAAAACUAUUUCUGAUCAUAUUACUGCAAUUGAACAUUUAUUGAAUAGUUCAAGGCUGUCGUGGAUUUUAGACCAACAGGAGGAUAUGAACAUUUUCACAAACUGGCUUAAAUAAGUUAAGAAAAUGUUUAUUUGACAUGUAUAUCCACAUUAUAGUGCUAUGAAUUGUAUGAAAGGAAUGUCUAUUCGAAUGAUAUAUUAUAAAGCCUUUUUCUCAUGUGAAAACUAUAUGACUCUAUUAUGAGUUAGGAAUCUUAAAUAACAAUUCUUUGAGUUCACACAGUGAUUGUAGCAUACUGAUAUCCUAACUGCACCAUGCUAACUAAAACUUGUGAUAUUGAACAGAAGUCUCACAACAUUCUAGUUUGUGAUUACUUAAGAAAUGAAAGAGAAGGAUUAAUACCUAAGUACUAUUUUAAUAACUUAAGGCAGGUAAAGUUAACAUUCAAAUAUCUGUUGCUACUGUUGUUGUGUUAAGGCUACUGUGUUCUUGCUGUUGUCUUUUCUAUGGUUAUAUGUUUUUAUAUGGUUAUGCACAGUGACGCAUAGUUUACAUCAGAUUUUCUUUCUUUAUUGUACUAGGAGUAAUGGAAAUAUGAUUAUUAAUUUUGACUUUUUGUACUUUUGUGUCUAAUUUGUUUGCUGUUGCAGUAAAACCUCUCCAUAAAAAUCUUCCCGAUUAAGACCCACUCUUAGUUACGACUCAAACAUUUUUCUUGGAUGUAUUUCUCUGUAUAAGUAACAUCUCUAAUCAGAUCACCUCCACAACUCACCUUACGACCGACAGUUUAAGCUCUAUAUCGACUUUGGACAGAAAUUUGUAUUAAAAAAAAUAGUACAUUAUAAAAAAGACUACUUCUGGUCAACUGUUUACACUACAGAUAUGCUUUUCCACCUCAGUACACGUAAUGAUCUGUUCAGGCCUCUCUUAGCCCCCACGGGGAUUAAUUAGGAGCCUAAUUAGCAUAUUAAUUAAAAGCGCUGGCUCCUACACAGAUUCCUCGUCUGCCUGCCCCUGAGUAUGGACCUGAAUCUGUUGGUCCAUAGGUAUGUACAUCUACAAACCUCUGAUUGCUCUAACCCAGGGUUACUUACCGUACAACAUGGCGGAAUCGAGAAGCGGUACCAAUCUAGUGCGAGUAAGACAAAGAAAACUCAUGCGGAAAAAAACUCUGUGUCUGGCAGCGGCUGGAGGAUCGAAUGAUUUCCAGGCCACGAACGGCUCGAAAAAUGGAUGAAACGUCACAACGGUCACCUGUGAUGGCUAAACACAAUGUAUGGAUAAACAAACAGAGACUGUGUGUGUGUAUUAUGAUCCAUUGUAGUGUUAUCAGAUCAGUCAGAUGAUGGAUAAGCUAACGGUUUUGUCAAAGAUAGUUGAUAAAACUAUCAAGGGCAAAAAUCUUACUAAAGAUUUGCUUUC